AUGAAAUCUCAGAAUCUCCUGAAUUUUCUUUCCUCCAGGCGGUUCCGCAGGCAGGACGUCCGGCAUGGCAAUGCGGCCCAGCAGUGCUUCGGACAACAGUUUGCUGGAGACGCUUUGGACCGGACAGAAGAGAGGCUGGCUUAUGGUAUCGAGAGUAACAGCACGCUGCUGGAGUGCACCCCACGCUCGCUACAAGCGAAGGUCGUCUGGUUUGUGCAGAAAGGACGUGAGACAAGAAAAGAAGAGGUGAAGACAGACGACAGAGUGGUGAAGAUGGACCUGGGUUUACUCUUCCUCAGAGUGCGCAAAUCCGACACUGGGACCUAUUUUUGCCAGACAGUCGAGCAUGGUUUUGUCCACACUGUGCGUAAAAUCACGCUGGAGGUAGUGGAAGAGCAGAAGGUGGAGGGGAUGUUUCACAAGGACCACGAGGAGGAGAGACAUCAUCCCAAGAUGCCCUGCCCGCCUUUGAGCGGCGUGCCUCAGGGCACAAAACCCUGGUACAAGGAGUUCUUGCAGCUGAUCGGCUACAGCAACUUCCAGAGAGUGGAAGAAUACUGCGAAAAGGUGUGGUGUACAGAUAAGAAGAGGAAAAAGCUUAAAAUGUCUCCCUCCAAGUGGAAGUACGCCAACCCCCAGGAAAAGAGGCUCCGCUCCAAACCGGAGCACUACCGCCUGCCCAGGCACACGCUGGACUCCUGAGGGCACCCUCCGCCGGCUGCCGAGGGACCGAGCAUGGGAAACCUUUAAAGGGAAGAGAAGAGCGACCGCAUGCAAGCCUUUCCAGGACUUCCCAGAGCUUCCUGUAGUACCGAGAGGCGGGAACGCUGUAUUAAGUUAUUCUGCAUACUCAUCUUACUGUACAAACCGCUCACAGUGCUAGGACUCAAAACGAGUGUUUUGCUUUAAAAGCUUCACUUUGUAUUUAUCAACAUCAUGACCGUGGCUGUAAUUUUGAGUUUGAGCUGCUUUUCAGGGAAAUUAUUUCACCAUUGGAAUAUUUAAUAUAAUUAUAAUAUUAAAGAAAAAGUUAUAGAUUUUCAUAAUUAAGACAAAUGUAAAACUAAACCAGCUUUAAUCUUUCUGGGGUUUUCCUUGCCACCAUAAGGUAAAAUACACAGAAUAUCAGAUACUUUAGGAUUUUCCUGUGAACUUUUUUGCUCUGUUCUGAUUUAUUUUUUUAAGCCGUGAGUUUUAAGUAGUUGUGUUGUGAUUGCUAUAAACCAACCGUAAAAGCAACCUGUGACCCGCCGUUCUGUGGCUUGUUCUUUCUAUGAGACAUUCACUAAAUUGUAUUAAAUAUUUCUGUUUUGUAAACAUGACAUAUCCUUUAAAUUUCACUCCAGUUUGGAAAGAAGGAAGAUAAACUCUCAGAAAAAUAUUUUCAAAUGUCAAAACAUGGCAGUCGAGGCUAAUCAAAAGGUUUGUGCUACCCUCUUGUGGUAGAAGCAGGCAUGGUCGCUUCUAGAGCUGUUUUGGUCAUUACCCGGCAGAGAUUUGAAAGAUUUUAUGAGCAGAUACAUCUAGCUCAUUUUCAGAAAACGCAACUAAAAAGAUAAAACCAUAAUACUUAUAUCAUGGUUCAACAUGGAAAUAAUAUGCUUGUUGAUAAUUCAUGACUUCACAAUACAGUGAAGAUAUUAGCAGCAUUUGAGCUUUUAAAACAUAAAAGGCAAGCUUUUUGUCAACCGUUCCCCGAGAUCCGCAAUACUUUGGAAGUGUGCUUUCCUGAAAAGGAAUUAUCAUAGCAUUUUCCUCUCAUUUUCUAUAAACAAAAAUUGCUUCUUAGAUUAGUUUGACUACUGAGACCUUUAGAGAAUUGUAAUCCGUCUUAUAUUACAAAAACUGAUAUUUUCCAGACUGUUUAUAUCUUGAAAUCAUUUCUAAUUGUGUUUUAAAGAUUUAUCAGCUACCUUUCUAAAAUGAGCUUUAUGAGACUUUUGUCUUGAAUAAGAGUAAAGCAAGCACAGAGUUCAUAAAAUCAGUAAAGAACAGCCAUUCAGACCUUGCAUUGAAGUAUUUCUGUUUGCUAUCUCCGUGUGCCAGGCAAUUGAGAAGAUACGGUGCUGCCAACGUCUCACGGCUUUCUCUGUCACUCGAAGAUGAGUAUGACUCACAAAUUACUUACAAAAUACUCCACGGAGGUUCUUCAAGGCUGGAAUCUAUAAAACAUAUAAAUAGAAAGUUUACGUCUUCUGAAAACUCCACAUGUUAUUGGCCCCAGAAUCCACUGGGGGUCAUUGUUGUCCACCAAAAGUAAUUGAAAAAAAAACCAUGCAUUUGAAUCAUUAAAAAAAAAAAAACAACAACUAUAGUUUAGGAACACAAGGAGGCAACAGGGAGAGAGGAAAUUAAAACCAUAAACACAUCUCAUGGUUCCUAAGGAACAUAUAUGUCUGGAAUAUUCCAAGUGAAUAGACAAAUCCAUGUGAGACACUUUGAAAUAAUUCUUUCUCUAAGCAAAUUAAAGAUAAGGAAAAGAGUUUCUCUUAGAUCCAUGUUAAAUAAUAAAGCAAAGCAGCUAUGCACAAGUCUAUUUUAAUCUUAAUGCACUGGUAGGUAAUGCGGAAAAUUAUGACUCUGUGAGCUAAGAAUUCAAACACUUUUUUUUACAAUUUAAUUAUUAAAUUCGCAUGAAGACUAUGUGACUAAACUAAGACGUUAAUCAGAAACUAAAAUUAAAUAAAAUGGCGGAGUUUAUUCUGGGAAAAAAGUUCAAUUCAAAGAUAGUUUUAAAAUAUACUGAUUUAAAUGAAAUUUGAUAAAAUGUUGAGGACUCGAGUCCAAAGUUAAGAACACUAAAUUAUAUAUAAAUAUAUUUAUAUGUACUAUAUUCAUGUAUUACAUAUGCUUCUACGUACCUGUUUAUAGUAGCAGCUUAAGACAACUAGUAACAGAGAGAGAGAGAGAGAGAGAGAGAGAGAGAGAGAGAGAGCGCAGUUCCCAAGGAUGCAGCAGAUGUACCACUCUAUCUUUCUCUCUCCUGACCACCCUUGCUCAUAGACUCACAGGUAGUAUUAAGAUAAAUCACUAACCCCUCCCAAAGUUCAAACCAACAGAAUACAAUUCUGCUGAGUGUGUUUGAAAGUCUAAAGCCUGGCAUAAGCAUCACUACUAGCCUUUUGUUGGCCCAGAGGAUAGAAUUCAAAAAGACUUUGCUUAAGAAAGAAUUCUAUCAAAAGAAGCAAUGACCUACCUCCCUUGAACUCAGGCAGGGUAUCUAGAGGACUCCGCAAAAGGUGGUAAGAGCUCCCCUGGAGUCUCCCAGACAUGACCUUGACAAAGACGUCCUCAAAACACACACAGCUGACCUAGGAUUCUAACCUCCCAUCCUUGUUCCAGAGGGGCCCUUUGUAUGGUCAGUCUCCUGCUUCCCCAGAGCCCAGGGUACCGUAAAGUGAGUUGCCCGCUCCCUCAGCAUAAUGCUAGCUACUCAGCUGCAGAUCCAGACACAUCAAGAAGCCCACACUAAAAAGAGAAGUCAUGACUUUAGGAGCCGUUUCCAUGUCUAAUGUUCUGCAGGGCUAUCUUUCCCCCUUUGCAUUAAAUACUGAAUAUUUCAGAAAAUUGCAACUUUGAGACAAGAAAGAAAAAUAGAAAUAAAUCCUAAUAAAUCCGGAGCAUGGGACUAAAAGUCUACAUUGGUUUUGUGAGUUUCAAUGGACAGAAAAAUAUGGGAUCUAUACUACAUAUUACACUAAGUGUCUUCCUUUCCACAAUUGGCGAAGUCAUGUGGGACGCUUUUACUGAGUACUUAGCAGUUGCCGUGGAUUAUAGGGUUUUGUAAAUCUGCGUGGUAAGUAUGAAUAUUUGUAAAAUUUGUACCAUAUAACAAGUCACUUUGGAUGUUAGUCUUAAUCGUGAGAGAAACAGCAGUUAUUGGCCUUAGAAAUGAUAUUUUUGACCUGUGAAGCAUGUGGGGUACUUAGUGCUAUACAGAUACAUUACAUCCCAUGUAGACAUCACACAUCUGUGAUUUAAAAAAAAAAAAAAAAAAAAAGGAGUCUCAUGUUCCUUUUAUAUGUACUCCUCAUUUUUUUUAGGACAAUAAUUGCUGAUUUAAAUCAGAUAGAAAUGCUAUAUUCUCCACAAAGUCUCUUUUGCUUGUAGUAGCAUUAUGUAAUCUGGGAUUUUGUUACUAUUGUCUUGGGGAGACAGCUCUACACAUUGGCUUUCAUUAUGCAUGAAAUGGCUUAGUUCUGAGCUAGAACACCAUCCUGGAGUGUUUUUGUUUUGGGAUCUCUUGUCUCUUCGGCAGAGUCUACAAAGCAUGUGCCAUAUUGUUUCUUUCCCCUCACGCUGAGCUCUGAGACUCAUCGUCGCCUGGUGACAGGCUGCCAGGGACCAGUGACUGUGUGUUGCCCUGAAUGUCACAUAGAUCCACCACCCUACACUUCACAAAGUCUGUACUAUUGAGUGGAAUUUCUAUUUGGUUCAGCUUAGAUGAAAAAAGAAAUAAAUAU